GGGAACGGAGCGCGCAGCCAUGGGCGCCGCGGCACUGGCCACGCUGGGGUGGGCGACGCUGGGGUGGGUGACGCUGGGGUGGAUGCACGCCGGGGUAGACGGAAGGACGCCCGCCGUCUAUACGAUGAACGUCAUUCUCAUCGUGGAUAACAACACCGCGUGGUCGAUGAACACCGUUCGUCCCGCCAUCGAGCUCGCCAUGGAUGACGUGAACACGAGACUGUUAGCAGGCACGGGCGUCAGGCUCAACGCAACGUUUGACUGCUACAGCUCCGAGUGGCUGGAGAGCAAAGCCUCGAGCUGCGAGGACACGGACUGCGAGGCCAGGGAGCUGGUCAAGGCGCUCAAGGCCAACGAUCAGCUGGGAUGCGUGAUCGUGGGCCCGUCCUGCCAGUACUCCUCCUACUCCCUUCUCAGGUCCCAGAGCGUGUUCAAUCGGCCCGUGAUCGCGGCAGGCAGCUUCGGGCUAUCCACUACCUACAGCGCCAUCCUGAGCCGCACGCUCGUGCCUGCCACCAAGAUUUCGACGAUGCUCACGCGCCUGUGGGCGCACGCGGACGCGCGCAAGCAGUUCGCCUGGCGCACGGCCAUUGUCUUCACCGAGGGCAACAACGACGCCAACGUCUGCUUCUGGUACCUGCAGGCCCUGCUCGAGAACGUGCAGGGGCCCCUGGGUCAGAAUUUCAUGUCGCUGCGCGGGCUGCUCGGCAAGGAUCACGUCCUGGCGCUCGACACGUUCGCGCGCUUCAACACGACGCUCAGCGGGACGCGGCACAGCAACGUGAUCAUCAUGUGCGCCAGCCUGACCCGGGCGGAGGAGGUCAUCAAGGGACUCGGGCACUUGUCUGCGGACACGCGCGAGCAACUGGUGUUCGUGGUGAUCGACCUGUUUGGCCUGGACUACUAUAAGACGUACGAGAACCACAGCUCGGCGCUGGAGCGAGCGCUCAUCGUGACGCUGCCCGAGAGGCAGGCCACAGCCUUCGGCGAGAAAUUCAACCUCACCAGCAACCACUUCGUGGUGGGCUACUACGACAGCGUGCUGCUGUAUGGCUCGGUGCUGCGCAGGGGCCUUCAGCAGGGCAGCUACUCGUGCAGCAGCGCGGACGCUCACAGUUUUCGAAAUCUGCACUUCCAAGGCCUGGAGGAGGAAAUCUAUCUCGAUGAGAACGGCGACCGGGACACGAAUAUUAAGAUCCUCAACCUCCGCGGCAACAAGUUUGAGGAGGUGUGGGACUACUCCACGGGCCUGGGCACCUUCCUCCUGGCAGAAGAACCGCCGAAGAUGAUGGAGGUGGUGAAGAUCGCGCUGGUGGCCGUGUGCAGCCUCCUUUUCCUGCUCUUUCUCGGAUUCAUCAUCAUGUGGAGGUGA